GAUGUCAGACAGAGACAGACAGCAGUACACAGCCAGCUGUGGUGAUUGUGAUGUCACUGCUGAGGUGUUUGCUGUUGUUCCACUUGUCACUCAAAGAACUGACAACAGCAGCAGGUAAGGAAAGCUGUUUCUUCCCACCAAUCAAGGUUGAUUCUGUGUUAAAUCAUCAGUAUUGAACAUAUGUAUCACCUAAUCUAACAAGCAUGGUUUCUCUUUCUUCCCUCUCUUUUCCAUAGAAACCAUCCUUAGGGUGAAUACAGGGGAGCAGUUUACCAUGAAUUGCUCCACCACUCUAAAAGACCAGGAUGGAAUGUACCUGUAUGUUGGGCUGGACAAGGACAUUGAGGUGCUGUAUUACCACCAGCGUGACUCCAAGCUGACGCCCAGGAAAGGCUACUGGGACAGAGUGAUGACUGAGGGACCUGUGGACCAAUUGACCAUCACCAUCAGUAACCUGACCAUAGAGGACACAGGAGUCUACUGGUGUGUUUACACAAAAUUCAAUGAAGCCAGAUUCGAAAAUGAUAUCAACCAAGGAAGAGGCUCCACUCAGGUCGUGGUGAAUGGUAGGUGUAUGUUUACACUCUAGGGGAUGUGAUAUGUUUUACUCUUCUCAAUGGACAGUAAAUUACAGAAUCCAGACUAGUGUUUCUCAAUCUGUGGUUCAUGGACUGGCAGCGGUCCCUGAGGUGUUUCAGACCAAUUUAGUCAGCUCUCAAGUGUUAGUUUCAAUCUAAACAACCAUAGCCUGCUGGUCCCGUACAAAAAAGUUAAGAAACACUGUUCUUCAGUAACUUUUAUUUUGUAUAAGUCUGUCUCUGAUAGUUAUUCUGUGUGAGUGCUGCAGCAUACUGAUUUGAUUUUCCCAUUUGGUGAUGUCUUCCAUAGACAAUGCCCUACAGCUGCCAUGCCCUACAGCUACUGCGGUAACGCUGACCCCCUUUCACCCAGCCGACGAGAAGCCGUGCCUAUCUGGCUGGGUAAACAUCAUCAUCAUCACCAGCAUCUUGACCACCCUGCUGUGUACUGUCAUCUUCCUCAUCUGGGUCGCUCCUCAGGUGAGUGUGCUGAAGGUUUUCCAGGCGAUGGGCCAAUCACGUGUAUGUGUCAAACUCUGUCAAAAUAUUUUCCCUUAUUUACAAAGUUGUCCUAGUCCUACUAAACACAUUGGGUCAUAAUAACAGUAUGCAGAUCUACAUGUUGUUCUAAACUCUGUCAAAACACAAUGUCCUUUCAAUGCCAGUCAUUGCAGUGACUGAAAUGGACAAAGGGCAAUAUACAGUAGAUGCAUAAUUUUUUUAAACAAUGUCCAAAAAUAAUUAAUAAGUGGUUGAAUUAGUAAAAAUUAUUGAUUGCUUGUAGCACAUUAGAAGAUAUUAAUGAAGCAACAUUCCUGUUUCACAGGUGAAGAGGUGCUGUAACCAGGGAGGAUACACACCCCAGGUCUUUCCUGACUCGAUCUAUGUAGACAUGGCCAGGAAUCACACUUCUCCGCCAGAGACUCAGCUAGUAGAAUCGCACCCAUAUUCUGUGUCUACCAAAGCAGGAAGUUGGAACACUGAGUAGCUUCUUCAAAUGCUUUCUCUGAAUAUUGCUUCUUUGCUUUCUCAGAAUUGAAAAGCCUGU